AUGGAAAAUAGCUAUGAUUCGGUGAUAGUAGCAGUGCAGCCACAUUUUCUAAAAGAUGAAAAACUUCAGAAAGUUUUCGAAAUUAAGGAACCUAAAAUUAUAGUUGAUAAAAACUUCAAUAGUUUUUACUUUAAAAGACAUUUUAAUAGCGAAAUAAUGGCUGUGAUUAUAAUGGAACAUAAUUUUGAUCUACAACUUUGGAGCUCUUUAUCCAACACUUUGAAUUUUAUGCGUCAAAUAAGAAUUUUAAUAAUUUGUGUAAAUGUAUCCAACAAUAAACAGCUACAAAGCGAUGUUUUAAGAGCAUGUGAACAAUACCAUCAAAACAAUGUAAUUUUACAUCUGCUAAAUACUUCUCAAGAUACAAUAUCUCAAGAAUAUUGGCAACUAAAACCAUUCCCUAAUUAUCACUUUCAAAAUCGAAUGUUCGACAAUAAAAAUAUAGUUUUAUAUCCCAAACAUUGGCACGAUAUGAAAGGUAAAACAUUAUUAACUCUGCCCGAUCAAAUUCAACCUCGUUCUUUUUUGUGGAAAAAUGAUAAAAACCAACUGCAGCUAAGCGGCUUUACCGCCAAAUGCGUACAAUUAUUUGCUGAUAAAUAUAAUGCCACUUUGAAAAUGUCCCUGCCACUAAAAGUUAAUGAAAUCAUACAUUUAAGUAUUAUUACCAAUAUGACUCAACAGGGUCAACUGGACAUACCCAUGAGUUUGGAUUCAUCAUUUACUGGAGAUAAAUGGUUGUUCAUGUCGUAUCCUUUAGAAAUAGGCAAAUGGAUGAUCAUGAGUCCCUGUGCAGAGACAAUCGAAACUAAUCAAGUAUUUAAAUUGCUUUUUACACCACAAUUGUUUGCGAUCAUUUCAACAUUUUCCAUACUAUUCUCUCUACUACUCAGUCUAAUUGAAAAAUUGUUUCACAAUCACAGCAACUGUUUAAAUAUUUUCAUAAGUGAUAAAGUCAUACCGGGCAUACUGGCACAAUCGUUUGUAUUACAUAAAUCCUCUAACUAUAGCAUGCGAAUCGUUUAUGUCUUAAUUUUCAUAUUUGGUUUAAUGAUGAGCACCAACUUUUCCGCCCACUUGAAAACUCUCAUUACUAGUCCACCCUUACAAAAGCAACCAAAAACCUUUGAUGAAUUUCGUGCUGCUGGCAAGAAGAUACUGCUGGACAUAUUGGACAAGAAGAAUCUGGAUAACUACAUUAUGGAAAAAAUGGAGGGUGCCAUAAAGUACACCCACAACACUACAUUGUUUCAGAAAUAUCGGCAAAACUUCAACACUACCUAUAGCUAUGCAGUUACCGCUGGACUUUGGAAUAUUUUUACCAAAAAACAGGAAUUUCUUACCCAUAAAAUAUUUUGUUCAUCGGAAAAUAUGUUUAUCAUGGACUUGCUAAUGCUCGGCAUACCUUUGCAGAAGCAUUCAAUGUACAAAGAACCCUUGGAUCAGCUGAUACAUCGUAUACACUCGGUGGGUUUGUUCUCUGUCUGGCAAUCUCAAACUUUUUACGACAUGAUGCGAUUGGGAAAUAUCACAAUAAAAGAUACUAGUAAGAUAAGAUUCCACAAAGAUCUGUCAGAGAAUGAUUUAUUAUUCGUUUGGUUCAUUUUAUUGCUUGGUCUCAGCAGUAGUUGUAUUAUCUUCCUCUUGGAAGUUUUAGGUACUCUAGUUAUGAAAAUGUUUAAAAAUAAAUGUAAAUAUAAAUAUAAUACAUAA